UGAUAAUGCAAUGUUUAAGCACCAAAAAAUAGCGAAGUAACUUAGCAAAAACACUUGGCAUUUCCAACUUAGCUUUGUUAACCCAAAAAUGACUUACCCUAAAACCCUUAUCGGUUUCGGUCUCCUCCUCGCUCUUCUUUUCAUCUCCUCACAGGUCUCCGCUCGUCUACUCGAGGAAGACAAAGUUAAGUCCGAUGGCUUAGAUUAUCCCGGAGGACGCUACGGCGGAGGAGGACACUACGGCGGAGGUCACUACGGCGGAGGAGGUCACUAUGGUGGGGGUCACUAUGGCGGAGGAGGUCACUAUGGCGGAGGUCACUACGGUGGAGGUCACUAUGGUGGAGGAGGUCACUACGGCGGGGGACACUAUGGUGGAGGACAUGGCCUUGAUGCUAACACCAAAGAGUCAAAUGACCAAGGUCUAGAUAAACAUGGCGGAGGACACGGUGGACACCAUGGUGGAGGACACGGUGGACACCACGGUGGAGGACAUCAUGGCCUUGAUGCUGACGUGAAAAACUUGGACAGUCAUGGCGGUGGCCACCACCACGACCACGGCCACCACCACUGCCACCACCCCCACUGCCCCGAGAGUGUUAAGAAUUAGAACACUAAAACCUACUCCCCAUCUGCAACCAUGUUUGGUUCAAAAUAAAAGCAUCGUUGAAAUAAAGUUUGUUUAAUGUGUGUGUUGUGUUUUAAAUUUAAAUAAAGCAUAAGAUAUGUUGUAUGAAAUGAGGAUGAUGCUAAAUUAUUAUACUUCGGUUUAUUACAACCUAUGAUCUUUCUAGUUUUCAUAUUAUAUAUAUGUGUAAUGUCAAACUAUAUAUAAACUCGAUUUUACUUUGUACA